AUGUCUCCAGCGCGGACCAACUCUCAGCUCUCUGAGCAGCUCAUACAAGAUAGCUUUCAUAGCUAUCUAAAAUCCUCUCUAUCCCAAGCAAAGGCCGAACGUUUGUUAGAUGCCGAUAUUCUCAGCAGUGCGGAGGGUGAUCUCAUGAUAACCGGACCGGCUCUUUGCCUAUACUUCGCAGCGCUCCGAUGUACCACAAACCCUCCGUCAGUACCCCUUCCCCGUUCCUCGAAAUCAGGCCCAGCCCAGCCCACCGAUCUAUCUUACGACAACUGUCCACCAGCAUUCGUCUCUUUCCUCCAAGUAUGGGCCAAAACGGUUCCGAGUAUUCAAGCUCUCGCCCCAGAGUAUCAACAUGACCUAGCAAGAGUUAUUUGCAGCCUCGACCCCAUCGCUCAACCGAUGCACGCCUCCAUUAACGGCAUCGCAGCGGAUCUACGCGCCGUAGCUAUCGAGAUAAGCCAGCGCAGGUCUUUCCAAGACCGGUACGCCUCAGAUCUCCAAGCAGCGCUCGACGCGGGUGGAACACCCAGUCCGCGCAAAGCAUCUUUCGUCCCCCCACCCAUAUACGUCCCCGAUAGCCCCUCUUCGUCUUCCCUCUCCUCCCUUCCUCGCCCCCAGUCACCUGGUCUCUUGUCACCUUCGACGCCGCAGUUUCCUGCACGAAGCCAUUCACCUACCAUCCUCGCCCCCGACUCACCCGCUAUAGAGUUCAUCCGCGAGACGCUAUACGCGUCCCUCGCAGACGCCCUCGAACGCCUCCCUUCCCUCCGCCGACUCCUCUCCCUCGACCCACCCCGCGCAUAUUUUGCCGCAGUCGCAUUCGCCAUUCUGGAUGUAGCCACCACCGCUAUAACGCCCGACGGCUCCGUCGUCGGCGUCCUUGGGACUCCACUCACACUCAAACAAUGCCCAGCACCGCUCCGCCCGUUCAUGGCUGAGCUGGCGGCGAUAGGCGCACAAGCCAAAGCGGUGGAGGAGGAGGACAACGAGAGUGCGAUGAGGCUUGCGGAGAGGGGGGAGGAUAUACCCCCGACGAGGAUGGAGAGGGUGAGGGUUAUGCUUGAAGGUGGGAUUGGGGCGGAUGUGGGUGAUGUGGAUGGGAGGAGGAGCGUGGAGGGACGGGCGGUGGCAUUUGUGAAUCGGAUUAAUGCGUUGAGUUUGGGGUUGACGAAGUUGAAGGCGUUUAGGGAGAGGCAGGAUGAGGUGUUUAGCGUUUUGAAGGGUAUCAGUGGGGCGUCGUGA